UUGUUAUGCAGAUCAAGGGGAAUGAUAAUGAUGAAGCUGGAACAAUUAACAGUGAGAUCAGCUACAGGAUCGUGAGUCAGGAGCCCGCAGGCACCGGUCACAUGUUCACUCUGGACAGAAAGACGGGCCAACUGUACGUCAAAGAGGAAAACCUGGACAGAGAGACUAUUGACUUCUACAAACUGGUCGUAGAGGGGACUGAUAUGGGAGGGGGAUCCAGUGGCCUAGUAGGGACAGGAACAGUGGAGGUCAAAGUCCUGGACAUCAAUGACAACAUCCCCACCCUGGAAAAAUCUGAGUACGAUGGGGAAGAUGGAGGAAAAUGUUGCCGAUGUGUUGUGGAUGAGAAAUCAAAGCUCUGGAUAAAGACCUUCGACACUCAGACAACUGGCUGA